AGCAGCGGGCAGCAGCGUAGCUCACCGCAAGAUUGGUGUCCAGAUGUGCCAGACUGGCAGACCCCCAAAUCCACAUCCAGGGUGCGCGUGGUGAUCUUCCGAAGCCACGGUCCCCAGCAAUCUGUGUUCUGUCCUAUUGGAGGGCACCACGCUCCCGGCGACGAAAACGGAGCACCGGUGAACGGCCAAGUGUGCCCAAACAAGGGGACACAGGCCGGCAAGGGUGUUAUCGAAGUAGCUGUCCGUUGGAUUAACCCGAUAGGCCUCACUUCUCACCCGUGGUCUCAAGCAACCUGCAGAUCCGUCGGACGGCGGGACGAGAUAUCACUGCACCAACAUUUUUACCCAAGGGCAUGCAAGGGAUCUUGGGAAAUUGAGCAAUGCGAAACCGUCAUGUUGACAGCAGACCAGGAAGAAACAUGGGCGUCGGCCUGGGCAGAAGUCGUGGCUGAAAAGGCGUUUGGGUAA